AGUUACAUUGGAUAAUUGCAAGGUAUCUUUAAAAUAAGUUAUGCGUCUCCACGCACCUCCUGGCUUUAAUAUGCUUCAUGAAUUCAACUGACCCUUAAGACAGCAGCCGCCUCAGCCUCUCUGCUCCCCCUGUCCGGGGGAAAGCAGCGAGGGAGGGGUGUGACUUCCAGCCAACUGUCGAAAAACUCCGGAGUUUAGAGAUCAGCAAAAGAUGAGGAGCUGCUCUCCUCCACUGAGCGAGCGGGAAGGAAUUAAAGCUCUAAAGCAAAUCUUGAAAUACGGAGAAUUGACGACUCAGCGAUGAAAUGCAUGUGCCUCGGAGUGAGUUUAACUUCCAAGUAAAUCUGAACUGCGAGCAUCCUACGAUCUUGAAGACGGUUGAUCUGCUGACACUGGACUCCCUGCUCACUUCUGACAUCCAGUGUCAGCAGCCGGCGCUUUGAAGAUGAUCAAUUCUCAGAUAUACCGCCACUACAACUACACAGGAAAGCUGGACCACCGGCCUGAUGUUGGCACAAGCCGUGGCUCCGUGGACCCCAAAACCAUCGUGUUCCUGAUCAUAUGCUGCUUCAUCGUCCUGGAGAACCUCACCGUGCUGGUAGCCAUAUGGAGAAACCACAGGUUCCACAACCGCAUGUACUACUUCAUCGGCAACCUGGCGCUGUGUGACCUGCUGGCUGGAGUCGCUUACCUGGUCAACCUGCUAUUGUCAGGAGAAAAGACCCUGCAGCUCUCACCUGCUCUCUGGUUUGUCAGAGAGGGCAGCAUGUUUGUGGCACUCGGUGCAUCCAUUUUCAGUCUCUUGGCUAUUGCUAUAGAGAGACACCUGACUAUGAUCAAAAUGAGGCCUUAUGAUGCCAACAAGAACUACAGAGUGUUUCUGCUCAUAGGGACCUGCUGGCUGAUUGCCAUAUCUCUUGGAGCUUUGCCUAUUCUGGGCUGGAACUGCCUGGACAACCUCCCUGAUUGCUCCAUAGUCCUCCCUCUCUACUCCAAGAAAUAUGUCGCUUUCUGUAUCACAGUUUUUAUGGUUUUGCUCUUAGCCAUGUCAGUCCUUUAUGCCCGAAUCUACAUCCUGGUCAAGUCCAGCAGCCGAAAAGUGAGCAAGCACAGCAACUCUGAGCAUGCCAUGUCCCUGCUGCGCACUGUCAUCAUUGUAGUUGGGGUCUUCAUCGCCUGCUGGACGCCCAUCUUCAUCGUGCUUCUUGUGGAUGUGGCAUGUGGCAAGCGUUGCCCCAUCCUCUACAAGGCUGACUGGUUCAUUGUGGUGGCUGUGCUCAACUCAGCCAUGAAUCCAGUGAUUUACACUCUGGCCAGCCGAGAGAUGAGACGGGCCUUCCUGGGUCUGGUGUGUGGCAUUUGCUACAGGGGGAAGGCUUCUGUAAAUGGCAGUGGGAACAAGCAGUCCCUGGAGCCCAGCCGCAGCAGGAGCAAGUCGUGGAGCAGCCAGAACAACCCCAACCAGAACCAGCAGGGCUCCAGGCAAACAGAGCUAGGGAAGGAGCAGGAGAUGGACACUGCUCAUGGCCAGGUCUCAGUGGUUGCAGGAGGAGCCGCCCAGGCCGUCUCUGAGAGUGACGCAAAAAAGUGAAAGAAGGGAGCCAGUAAGAAGGUGAGGGUGGUCCUAACAUAUGCUCGUGGGCCUGUGCAGUGGUCGCAGAGGACAGAAACGAUGAUGAGUUUCGACUGAUCAAGAAUAAAGGAUUUCUUAAAUGAAGUGUGGACUUCAGGCCUGGCUGCAGGACAGCUGUUUCUCCUUUGUGAUUUAUAUUGAUACAACAGCAUCAUCCACAAUCAGAGAACUCACAUCUGACAUUAGAUUGAUGUACGAGGCCAAUGUGUGAUCAAUGACUCUCUCGGUUUUGCCCCUUUGUCAAGCACAGGUCAUAUUACAUCACUGUUACAUUAGAACCAUGUAUCUCCAAAAGUGGUAAUUUUACACCAUACUAGCAGACAAAUCCUUUAUUGGUUGAAAAAACAAACAAUAAAAAAAAAAAAACUGCUGAGCUAAUUAAAGCUUGACAUUUUGGAGAUACAUGUUUUUUUUUUGCAGGACAAUAAUGAUUUGAGAAUUAGUGGUGCUUUUAGCCUUGACAGAAAAAAAUUACCUUUGUGGUUACAGAUGUGACCAGACAAAGACAAAUAAGACAAAGAAGAAGUGAGAAAUCACCUGCAAUUAAUAAAAAAAGUGCAAUUAUAGUGCUGCAAAAACAAUGUAACGAAGAAUGAUUGUAGACAAUUAUUAGUGUAAUGAUAAACAACUGGUUAUUUAUUAAUCUAUGCAGUUUAUUCUGUAAAUUUGUAUUCACUCAUACUACAGAAUGCUGUACAGUUAACUGUAAUGAAAACUGCCUUGUAAAUAGUAUAUUUGAGGAAAAAAAAAACCACAUGUUGAUGAGAAAGACUUGCCACCUUUUUCAUUAUAUCAGUAGCAUUAUGGUCAAAAUGAAAGAUCUGCAUUUGUUACCACUCUACAGAGAAUUAAUGGAACUGAUGCGGUUCAUUCAAAAGCAGUAGUUUUUAGUGGAACCAGGGCUCCAUCUGCUGGUUGAUAAUGGUAGUCAUCUAUGCUGAUGGGAUAUUUUUUACAAUAUGCUGCAUGUUCAGUACAGAAUAUCUUCAAUCCUCAUAUUAGUAACAAAUUUUGAAUUGUUAUUAUAGUCUGUCUUUGUUUUUUUAUCUUGAUUAUUCCAGAAGUGGAAACGUUUUGUAUCAUCUCUAAAAGCAUGAAACUGGUAAACUGAAGAAACAAGUCUUGAGAGGCACGUGGAUGCUGCAUGUGAACUAGAACUAGAUAGGCUAGAGGCAGCUGUUUAUAUAUGAUGCAACAAAAAAAAAAUUAGCUUUUGCACAAUAAAGUAAAAAUAAAGAGUAAAGGAAGAAAGUACUGUAUAAAGAUGAUUCACCUUGAUCAGCUCAUGUGGCCAGUAGAGGGCACAGUUCUGCCUUGUUUCAUGUGUAGUGCCUUCCUUACACAUUGGGGAAAAUAACACAUUUUUCACCUAUUUAUAGUGGCAUCUUGACGUGCAUAUAGCUUUCAUUUUGUAUGUCCAGGGUUUGUGGUGCACACAGCAGUAAAAUAACAUCUGGAAAAUUCAACAGCAACAUCUCUUUCAACAAGCAGCACCUCUGCCACGUGGGAGGAUUCAAAUACUUCACUGUGAACAACUUUCACAGGAACUUUUUUGAACAAAAGAAAUAGUCUUUAUUAAAACUUUUGUUCGUGUGUUCUGUGGAUUAUCCUGAAUAACAAGAGCACUGUUUAUGGAUGUAUUUUUUAAAAUCAAUGCUUUCAGUGGCUAGAACAAAAUUCUGUACAUCUCUGUUCUACUGCAAUGGAGGCAGAGAUCUGGACAAAUUAAAAGUAAAACUACACAAAUUAAAACAAAACAGAAAUAAUUAGGGUUAUUAAAACUUUUAAGAUUUUAGAGGAAAUUGUAGUGACUGUGUCUAAAUGCGGCAUCUGCCAUAGAACGAAAUGUGUCAUUGAUUAUUACAGAACAUACAGAGAGAUUCUACACAUUCACGGUUUUAUUGCCAACAGUCAUACAGAAUAAUGAUAAACCCAUACAACCAAAAGAUUAAAUCUGUAAACAUCA